AGAAACACAUGUUUAAGAUAUCUCCGGUAUGGAGAAGCUCACAGUAACAAUCGCCACUUGCUUCCUACUUUGCUCCGUGCUACUACUACCACCACCAUCCUCUAACAUCUUCAACCGCCUCAAGUCUAAUCUCACAACCACCGGUUCCUAUGAUUCUAAGAAACCAAGGGAGAAGCUGCUAGGAGGAGGGCUUCUUGCUACGGAGUUUGAUGAUGAAUCUUGCCUGAGUAGGUAUCACCAAGCUUCUUUGCGCAAGCCUUCACCACACAAACCAUCUGCUUAUCUCGUCUCUAAGCUUAGAAGCUACGAGAAGCUUCACAAGCGCUGCGGUCCAGGCUCAGAUGCUUACAAGAGUGCAACAGUGAAGCUUGGCCUUAAGCCUGGGAAUGGAAGUGAAUCUGUUGGUGAAUGCAGAUACAUCGUGUGGGUUCCAUACUCUGGGCUUGCAAACAGAAUAAUAUCUCUUGUUUCUGUAUUCCUCUAUGCUCUCCUGACAGAGAGAGUCAUUCUUGUUGACCAACGCAGUGGUAUAAGCGACCUCUUUUGUGAGCCUUUUCCAGCUACUUCCUGGUUGCUUCCUCGCAAUUUUCCGUUGUUGGGUGGUAAGAAGAGAGACCGCUUCUUCGACAGGAGAAACUCUCAUUGUUACGGAACAAUGCUGAGAAACAGUGCCCCUAACUUGACUGAAACAUCACUACCUUCAUAUCUUUAUCUUUAUCUAAUCUCUGAUUACAGUGAUGAUGAUAAGAUGUUCUUCUGUGAAGAAGAUCAAAAAACAUUCAUCGGUGAAGUGCCUUGGCUGGUCGUUAAUUCCAACAUUUACUUUGUCCCGUCUCUAUGGUUGAUCCCUAGUUUCCAGACCGAACUCAUCAAGAUGUUCCCCGAGAAAGAAACCGUGUUCCACCACUUGAGUCGGUAUCUUCUUCACCCGACAAACCAAGUUUGGGGACUGGUCACAAGAUCCUACAAUGCUUACUUAUCAAGAGCAGACGAGAGACUUGGGAUCCAAGUAAGGGUUUUCGACAGACAUGCUGGAUAUUUACAGCACGUCAUGGACCAGAUCGUUGCAUGUACACAAAGAGAGAAUCUCUUGCCUGAAUUAUCUACACAAGUCACUAAUACAUCAAGAAGCAAGAGACUACUUAAAGUUGUUCUUGUCACGUCUCUGCACCCAGAGUACUCCGUAAAAUUAAAGAGAAUGUUUUGGGAACAACCGACUUCAACGGGAGAGAGUAUAGAAGUUUAUCAGCCAAGUGAAGAGAGGGUUCAACAAACAGACAAGAAGCUUCACGACCAAAAGGCUCUCGCAGAGGUCUAUCUCCUAAGCUUAACUGAUAACAUUGUCACGUCCGCGAGGUCUACAUUUGGAUAUUUUGCUUAUAGUCUUGGAGGAUUAAGGCCAUGGAUACUCUACAAGCCAGUGAACCGUACAGCUCCUGAUCCACCAUGCGUUAAAGCCGUGUCGAUGGAGCCAUGUUUCCAUAGGCCUCCGCUCUAUGGUUGUCAAGCCAAGACAAUCGAAAUCACACCUUUUGUAAUGACUUGUGAGGAUUCGAACCCAGGUCUUAAGCUAGUUGAUGCUCCCGAAUGAAUUUUCUUCCCAAGACCGUCUCAU